GCUUAUAUUAUCUCUCUCUCAAUAGAGUUCUCUCUUCCCGACUCUUCUCGCUUUGCUUGAGAUUUCUGGCCGAUCUAGUUUUUGAGAGGCAAUUUUUCUGUGGGAUAUUUGCAGAGAGAUUAGUGAGCUUUUUAGGUGUGAUUUUCUCUAUUUGGAGUUGUUUCACUAGGGAUUAGAGUUUUUUGGAUAGGAUAGAGGCGUCGUCCCUGUCGUCGGACCGAGUUCAAUUGUCCCUGUUUUUGCCUCCUUUUGUUAAUAAAGGUUGGCGCUAUAAAUCUGAGCCACAAGUCCAAAUUCUUUGUUGUGUGAGAGAGAACUUCACGUCGGAUGUUUGAGAGAGAAAAGGAUGGAUGAUUUAAGGGCAUUGCCCGAACAUGAAUGGUUCUGUGGUGAACAAUGCAACAGGAUUCAUUCACGGCUUCGAAUGUUUGUCUCUGACGGCAAUUUGAAGCUUCAUAUACCAAGGGAAUUCCCCAAUUCUGAUUUGCCAACUUGUAAUACACCUAUUAAAUUGGUUGAUGAACAUGGAGAUGAGUAUAUAGCAUCCUACCUACUUAAAAGACGUGGUCUGAGUGCUGGAUGGACUGCAUUUUCCAAAGAACACCAAUUACGGAAAGAGGACAUAGUGAUCUUCGGAUUGAUCGACACAUGCAAGUUACAGGUGCACAUUGUCCUGGAAAAUGAGCUGGAUGUUGCUCAUCCAUAUUUGGGCUUCUGGAAGAUAAACUGGUGCUAGUCGGUCAUUUUACCUCUCUCUCUCAUAUCUUACUGCACAUUAAUAAUUGCAAUGAAAAAGGUUGUGAUGGAUCUCUAUCCUAAUUGGGUAUUGUAUCAUUUCUUGUCAAUGAAAUACAAUAGUAAGCAUAUAAAGCAACAAGUUGGGAAUGAUUAUGAAUGAUUAAUUUAAUAAAUAAAAAUACCGGAAAGUUCUUAUAAAAUAAUUUGUGUAAACUGUAUAUAGCUAUUGAUAAUAAUGAAUAGUGAAUUGGUGAUCAUAUUACAAAUACAAUGUAGCCUUUCCCCUAUCAUCUUCUCUUAAUAAAAUGGGGAAGUUUGCUCGACUAUGCCGUUGAUUCGCUAGAGUCAUCCUGCAAUCACUCCAGCUGAGUUGAGAAGCGACCUUUUUGAAUUGGUUUUGAGUUGAGAAGAUGGCAGCGGGGUGCAUGGAGCCAUCCAGCUGGGCUGUCAACUCCGAUGGAUUUACUUUUUCGCAAAGUUCGUUUAUGUUUG